CUAAUAACUCCGUUCGCGAAAAGCGAAAAAUCUCCCCUCCCGCUCAAUCGUUGGAGCUGUUCAUUUCCCAAGACCCAAUAUGAUUACAGUCCUAUAUAUGCGAUUACGGAUAGAAGCUGAAGACCAGAGAUAAUUGAUUAUUCUUAGAUUAAUACAAUUAAUAGUAUAUACGCCUUAGAUUCGCGAGAGCGCCCCGCGUUCUAAUACACCUAGCUACCAUGGCAAAGAGGACGACUAAAGUCCCAGACGCCUGGGAAGACGACGACUGGGAGGUUCAAGCGGACAAGACCAUCGCUGUCGAAGAAGAAUCCAAGUCUCAAACGCAGCCGCAGCCGCAAUUGAGCAAGGCCGAGCGUCUGGCGCAGCACGCCGAGUCCAACAAGAAGCUCUGGGAAUCAGCCGAAGCGCCCCACGAGACAUUCCACUACCUCGCCGCGCGCUCAGACCCACCUCUCGCGACAGGCUUCAAGCCCGCCGUCAAGGUCCUGAGCCGGAAGCCCGUCUCGGACCCCAACGCGGCCGACGGCGACGACGACGAAGACAGCAAGAAGACGCCGCAGCUCACGCCUGAGGAGAUCCUAGCCAAGCAGCAGCGGGAGCGCGAGGAGAAGCAACGACGCUACGACGAGGCUCGCGCCAAGAUAUUCGGCACUAAUAGUACCGCCAUAGGAAGUUCGAAUCCAUCGUCGGGCACCUCGACGCCUGGCGCUGUGACGCCCCCGCGGUCGGCCGAGGGGCGGGGUCCGCGGGGCAGGGGGAGAGGGGGUAGAGGGGGUGGGGGAGGACACCGGCAUAAUGAGAGCCGGGGAGAGAGGGAUAGGGACAGGGAUAGUAACAUCCAACGACCUAGUAGCCAGUCGGGUGGGGGACGAGAGCUCUACGACCCAAACUACUCGCCUAAACCUGGAGUCCCACUUGAGCGGAAAGGGAACAGCAACAACUGCGAUGGUGGAGCACCAUUACGGCGUUCUACGCCGCGGGAGGAAGAUCAAGUCAUCCGUGCGCCACGGGGCCCAGACGGGAGUGGAAGGGGAGGGUUCGGUUUUGCCAAGCGUGGCGCCAAGGGCAGUUGAUAUGAUUACUCGGGUUUUUCUAU